ACUGGGUUCCUUGUAGAGCACAGAGCUCAUGGCUGGCCCUGGCUAAGACGCACGCAGACGCACACACGGGGAAGAAUCACGCCAAGUGAACCAACAAGACCGUCUCCUUUACCUGCCAUGGGAAUCUAACCACCGGCUCAUUCUGUACAGUAACCUGUCAAAAAGGCGUUGCAUCAUUCUAGAGCCAGGAUGAAGGUUGUGGAAACCAUUUCAGCCCUUCUGCUGGUUCUUGUCACCUCAAGUUACGGGAUACAGAGAGCGCCUCGUAUCAUCACCUUAUUAGAAACAUUGGAUGUACUACUGGAUCACAACGCCACCUUCAUCUGUGAGGUGGAGUCCCGUCCCCCUGCUGACAUCAGCUGGACCAAGAAUAACCACCCAAUAAUGUACUAUGACCCCCGGUACAUUACCAGGGAGCAGGGACAGCUGUUAAGCAUCCCUCGUGUCAGAGAGACAGACAACGGAGAGUACUGCUGCCUCGCCAGUAACGGCAUUGGAGAGGCAGCCAAGAGCUGUGGAGCUCUGCAGCUAAAGAUGAAACCACAGAUCAAACGCCAUCCCACCAAUCUGACCCUUCUGGUAGAAUCCAAAGCAGUGCUGCCCUGCGUUACCCUCGGCAACCCCAAGCCGGAUGUCACCUGGCUUAAAGAUGAUGAGCUUAUCAGAAUCAGUGACCGUGUUACCAUUCUUGACUAUGGUGCACUGAAGAUCCAUAACAUACAUAAGGAGGAUGCAGGACAGUAUCGCUGUGUGGCCAGGAAUAGCUUUGGUUUGGCCUUUUCAAAGCCCGUCACCAUAGAGGUGCAGGCUCCAGCACGAAUCCUGCGGGUUCCUAAAGAGAAGCGAGUAGCGUAUGGCAGCCAGGUUUCCUUGGAGUGUAACGCCACAGGAAAUCCGAUCCCCACCAUCACCUGGCUGGAAAAUGGGAAUACUAUCUCAGGUGCAUCGGUCGAAGAGACUUUGACGGGAGAGGUGAUCCUGUCCGUUCUUAAAGUGACGGUGAAUAAGCCAGCUCUGUAUACAUGUCUGGCCUCCAACAGGCACAGCGCUGGAGCCAACACCGUCAAGGCAACUGCUAAAGUCACUGUCGCAGAGUGGAGACUAUACAAGGGCGUCACAGGCUACUGCAGUGCGUAUCGUGGAGACGUGUGCCGCAACGUCCUGCAAGAUGAUUUGCUGGUUUUCUUUAACUCGUCCCUCUCGGACCCCGAGGACAUGCAGGAGUACCUGGUUCAGAGCUGGUGGACUGAGCUGGAAGGACUCAGUAUGCUGUGUCGACCCGCGGUGCGUUCACUGCUCUGCCACUCCUCCUUCCCUGACUGCAACCCGUCGGGGUCAGGACCGGCACCUAAACCCGUCUGCAGAGAACACUGUCUGGCAGUGAAGGAGCUGUACUGCCAUAAGGAGUGGUUGGUACUAGAGAGCAGCAGUUCAGCUCAGCCUGGCUUCUUCAGCUCCAUCACUGGGUCUCACACUCCCAGUUCGCUGCUGCCUAACUGUCAGGCCUUACCAAGUCUCCACGCAGACCCUGAUGCUUGCACACACGUCCCUUUUGUAGACAUCAAGAGAGAUCAAAUUACGACAACAUGUUAUGAUGACAGAGGUCGUUUCUACCAAGGCAGCUUGAAUGUGACGAGGUCUGGGAUACCGUGUCAGUCGUGGAGCCAACAGGUUCCCCACCAGCACCGCCUGUCUGUGGAUGUGAUUCCAGAGUUGAAGAACUCAGACAACUACUGCAGGAACCCGGGAGGAAUCAGCGACAAGCCCUGGUGUUACACCUCAAAUCCCAACAUCCGCUGGGAGUACUGCGCUGUGCCGCAAUGUGGGGAAAUAACCAUAGCAUCAGUGAUGAAGCCAGAGUCAGCAGGCCCUCGUCAGACUUCUCGCCGUCCUCCAACGACCACCACAUCGUCUCCGGCUUACUCCAUGUCCGUCAUCGUCAUCAUCCUGGCUGCGCUUGCGGCUGCGGUCUUCCUCACCAUCAGCAUCCUCGCCUGCCGCAGACGGAGGAAGCAGUGGAGAAACCGGAAGAGAGCGAUGGAGACCCCAACGAUGAGCGCUCUUCCAUCAGAGCUGCUGCUGGAUCGACUCCACCCCAACCCCAUGUACCAGCGGGUUCCCCUGCUGCUGAACUCCAAGCUGCUGGCCCUGGAGUAUCCCCGAAAUAAUAUCCAAUAUGUCAGAGAUAUUGGAGAGGGAGCCUUCGGACGGGUUUUCCAAGCCAGAGCACCAGGCCUGCUGCCGAUGGAGUCUUUCACGAUGGUGGCUGUGAAGAUGCUGAAGGAGGAAGCCUCGGCCGACAUGCAGAAUGACUUCCAGCGAGAGGCGGCGCUGAUGGCUCAGUUCGACCAUCCGAACAUCGUACGACUCCUAGGCGUGUGUGCGGUGGGUAAACCCAUGUGUCUGAUGUUCGAGUACAUGGCCCACGGUGACCUCAACGAGUUCCUGCGUCGCCGAUCGCCAACCCAAUCGGUGCGCACCCUUAGCCGCGCCAGCCUGUCGGGCCGCAGUUUCUCCUCUGAGCUGGAGGCGGGGCUUCUAUCAAGUGCCGACCAGUUGUCAAUUUCCAAGCAGAUCGCCGCGGGAAUGGCCUACCUGUCGGAGCGUAAGUUCGUCCACCGCGACCUCGCCACCCGGAACUGCCUGGUCGGGGAGGAUAUGGUGGUGAAGAUCGCAGACUUCGGCCUCUCCAGGAACAUCUACUCGGCUGAUUACUACAAAGCCAACGAGAACGACGCCAUCCCCAUUCGCUGGAUGCCCCCGGAGUCCAUAUUCUACAACCGCUACACCACUGAAUCGGACGUGUGGGCCUACGGCGUGGUGUUGUGGGAGAUUUUCUCCAACGGGAUGCAGCCGUACUACGGUAUGGGUCACGAGGAGGUCAUUUACUAUGUGAGGGACGGUCACAUCCUCUCCUGUCCUGAGAACUGUCCCCUGGAGCUGUAUAAUCUGAUGAGGCUUUGUUGGAGCACACACUCGUCAGAUAGGCCCAGCUUCAGCAGUAUACACCGGAUACUGGAGCGAAUGCAUCAGAGCACACUGAGCACGAGUGCCGACACCGAGGUUGACUGCUAACCUGGGAACUUUUCACAAAACAAAUGUUCGUCCAUUGACUUAUGAAGUGAUUUGGUGCCUGAAAACACAUUUUAUUACAUGAGCCCUGGUAUUGAGCCUGAGCAUACAUAGACUACCCAAAUAGUAAAGGGAUUUCAGUCAUUUUCUUUACCCAGUGUGUUCAAUAUGGCACCAUUAAUCAUAUGUUUUUGUAUCAUAAACAGCUCUCAUAUUUUAGUGAUUUGCAUAUUGCUUACUUCUUCAACUGUUUUUAAAGUUACUAUGAGGAACUUUUAACUGGUUAUGAAACAGUCUCAAUUUAAUACUGAUGCUAUUUCCUCAACUGUAGUUGACAACUAUAGAAUUCUGGUCUUAACCAUAUCUAACAGCCAAAAUUGCUCCAGAUGAAGGUCCCUGAAGCAAAAUCUUAUAAAAUGGGGGUCCAUGACCUAAUGUGUAUCAAUUUAGGGGUCCUCAAGAAGAAAAAGGUGGAGAACCACUGUUCCACAUGGCCUCCGGCAGUGAUCAGCCCACCGCAGACAGACCCAGACCCAGACCCGGCUUUGCUGCCGCCUUCAACCUGCAGUCGGAGCUCCGGUGGGAGGUGGAGAGCUCCGCGCCCAGCAGCAGCAGCGGCUACUCCCACGGCCGGUCUUUGCUAGGAGCCGAUGCUGACACUACGCUGCUGGAGGCCCAGGCCGUAUUGCUUGGCCCGCUGGAAGGAAGGGAGGCACGGGAGAACCAGAACCAGGGCUGCACGGGGGGAGCUUCUGCAGUAAAAUUAAAGGUUUUCUAAAGGGACUCUGGUGAACGGAAACACUACCGCUUUUGUCCACAGGGACCGCCAAAAUCAACACCCAAUGAAAGUUCCUUGUAGUAACUUUAAGGAAUGCUGUCGUGUUUUCAUUGCUGACCAUUUACCAGCACAUAUACAUCACACAGGUGUGCUAUAUUUAUGAACCCCAUACCUUAACCUUUAAAGACUUGAAGCCACUAACCAUGCAGAUAUAACCAUAACCAUUUCAGAUACAAACGCACUCAAACAUUUUGCUUCAUCUAUUGCAUGUGGAAUUGUUUUUUCUUCUUCUUCAUUUUGGGCUGUUAAGCUUUUACAAAUGGUCUGACUACUAAACAUUAGGGUUAGAAAGAGAAUAGGACAUGACAGUUAACGCUUUAUAGUAACUAUGUAUACAUGUUGUUAUUGUCACCUCUAGCAACUUUCCACAGUGGCACACAAUCACUUUAAACUAUUGCUGUUGAUUGUUUUUAUAGACAAGUCGCUAUUCCAUUUUUGGGCAUUCUCGUUUUACUUCUUUGUUUCUUUUUCAUGUUGUUGAACUUUGUCUUUUUUUGUGUUAAUUUUACUUGUGACACAGAGUUUGACAUAAGGAGUACAUUACAGCAGCAUUGGUAAAAAUAGUUUGAAGUUUAUUAAUGAUUUCUUCCAACUUGCGUCAUCAUCGCCCGUAAAUCUCACACAGAAGUGCAGACACACAGAUUUGCUUAAUUAUAAUUUUGCAGAAACUUAAAAUAGACUCUUUUGUAAGUGAAGAAUGGGCAGAUGUUCAAAAAUAUCCUCGAUCUGAAAGAGUACAUUUUUAAUUGGUUCUCACAAAGAUAGAAACUCAUUGCUUUCUGGUCUCAUUUCAACUCUGUUAAAUUAGAAUCACAUUAUUACACAAUUUCCGUACAGUAUUACCACAUGUCUUGUGUCAUCAGUCUUCUGUGUCAUGUGGAUUUCUCAAAGCUGUUUUUGUUUUCCUUAGUUUGUUUUAUUUAAUCAAGAGAUUACUAUCAAAUGACAGAAAAUGUUUAUCUUGUCAACAGGAAAUUCCUUUCAGUUGCACAACAUAUUUUCUUUCUUUUUAAAUGUGGUGUGAUGUUACGUUUUUGUUAUUUGUUACAUAAUGAUGCAGGUUUUCAAUGUAUGAUAUUUCUUUGUAUUGCUUGCAAAUAAACAUAAUAAUUAAACACA